AUGCCAUUUGAAUUAACAGAAGGUGAUAUAAUAUGUAUAUUCUCACAAUUUGGAGAGAUCUUUAAUAUUGACUUGAUUCGUGAUAAAAAAACUGGAGAAUCUAAAGGAUUUGGAUUUUUGAAAUAUGAAGAUCAAAGAAUUGAUGAAUCAUCAGAUUCAGAGGAUUCCAAAAAUGAAUUUGAUCUUGAUGAUCCAAUGAAAGAUUAUUUUAUUGAAAAAUUAAAGAAAGAAAAAAAGAAAGAAAAGAAACAAAAGAAACGUUUAAAGAAAGAAAAGAAAGAAAAGAAAGAAAAAGAAAAAGAAAAAGAAAAAGAAAAAGAGAUUAAAGAAAGAGGGAUAGAACUCAACAAUCAAAUUAAUACUUACCACGAAAAAAUCCAACAAACAGGUAUAAUCGCACCAAAAAUUAAAGAAGCUCUUAAAUCCUUAUAUGCUGACAUGAUAGAACAAAGAAAAAGAAAGAGAAAGGAACAACAAGAAAUAGCAACUUUGUCAUCUCCACAACCUAAAAAAUUAAAGAAACCAGUACAUUUUAAUGUACCAAAAAAACAUGUUCUUCCAAUUGCAAAUAAAGGAGAACUUAAAGCUAAUGAAUUUACAAAAGAUCACCCUGUUCUUGCAUUAUACACAGAAACAACAUGCUUUUACAAAGCAACUGUUGUCCUUCCGCCUAGUAAGAUUACACCGUCAAAAAAGGAUUGUUAUUUACUUGAGUUUGAGGAUGAUGGACGCGCUCAAAGAUAUGUGGAAUCUCAAUAUGUACUUGAUAUUCCAAAAG